CAUAAGCUUGGAUAUUGAACGGAGCGGGGCAUGUGGAUAUUGGCUCUUAUCUUUUCCCAGUACAUCUUGAAUGUUUUCUGUGAAGAUCUACGUUCCAGCUUAUAUUUUGUCAAUGCAUCUGUGCAAGAGGUAGUGUUUGCCAGCACCACAGGGACAUCUGUGCCCUGUCCUGCCACAGGCGUACCCCCUGUCUCACUGCGCUGGUACCUGGCCACCAGUGAGGAGAUAUAUGAUGUGCCAGGGAUCCGCCAUGUGCACCCCAAUGGCACCCUUCAGAUCUUCCACAUCCCCCCUUCCAGCUUCAGUAAACUCAUUCACGACAACACCUACUAUUGCACAGCAGAGAACCCCUCAGGGAGAAUCAGGAGCCAAGAUGUCCACAUUAAGGCUGUCCUACGAGAGCCCUACACUGUCCGGGUGGAGGACCAGAAAGCCAUGAGAGGCAAUGUGGCGGUCUUCAAGUGCAUUAUCCCUGCCUCAGUGGAGGCCUACAUCACUGUUGUGUCCUGGGAGAAAGACACAAUGUCAAUCAAUUCUGAAAUGUCACGGUUUCUUAUCACAUCCACGGGAGCCCUGUAUAUCCUGGAUGUGCAGGUGGAGGAUGGGCUGUACAAUUACAGGUGUAUGACACGCCAUCGGUACACAGGAGAGACCCGACAGAGCAAUAGUGCCCGCCUCAUUGUCUCAGAUCCAACCAACAGCACCCCACACAUCCUGGACAGCUUUGAGCGUCGUGAGGUGAUGGCAUCUCAUCGAGUGGAGCUGCCCUGCAAGGCCUCCGGUCACCCCACACCCAAAUACCGUUGGCUAAAGGACAACCGGCCACUGGAGACAGACACUCGCUUCAGACAGAGUGUGACAGGCCUGCUGAUAGAGAGAGCCCAGCCCAGUGACACAGGGACAUAUGUGUGUGAGGUGUGGAAUGGCUACGGAAAUGCUGAGGUGGUUGGCAGGCUGCAGGUCAAAGAGCCCCUGAAGGUCGUGGUGAGCCCGCGGAAGGUGAAGGGCAGUGUGGGAAGCCAGGUUUCACUCUCUUGCAGUGUGACUGGCUCAGAGGAGUACCAGUUGUCAUGGUACCGCAAUGGGGAGCUCAUCUACCCCAGUAACAGUGUUCGCAUGACGGGCCAAAACAGGGAAAACCUGGUCAUGGCUGGUAUGGCCAAGAGUGACGGAGGCGCCUAUCAGUGUUUUGCCAGACAUGGCAAGAUGUCCGCCCAGGACUUUGUUCAAGUCAUACUAGAAGAUGGCACCCCGAAGAUUCUGGCUUCUUUCAGCGAGAAGGUCUACAACAUCAACGAGUUUGUGUCGCUGUCGUGCACCGUGAAGGGCACGCCGGAGCCCAGGGUAACCUGGACUCUGGAUGACGAACCUGUGAUAAGGGACAGCCGCCACCGCAUCUCCUACUACACCACCGCAGAGGGCCACGUGGUCAGCCACCUCAACAUCAGUCAGACCCAGGUACCUGAUGGAGGGGUGUAUCGCUGCAUCUGCAACAACUCUGCCGGGACCGUUUCCUACCAGGCGCGAAUAAACGUAAGAGGGCCUGCCAGCAUCAGACCAAUGAAAAACCUCACUGCCAUCGCUGGGCGGGACAUGUACAUCCACUGCCGUGUCAUUGGCUACCCAUACUACUCCAUCAAGUGGUAUAAGGACUCCAAUUUGCUGCCAUACAACCAUCGCCAGCGGGCCUUUGAGAACAACGGCACCCUGAAGCUGUUUGAUGUGCAGAAGGAUGUGGAUGAAGGAGAGUAUACGUGCAAUGUGCUCGUCCAGCCUCAGCUGUCCACACACCAGAGCGUCUAUGUGACUGUGAAAGUUCCACCUACCAUCCACCCAUUUGAGUUCCCUCGAUUUUCCAUCGGCCAGCGAGUCUUCAUCCCCUGCGUCGUCAUGUCUGGGGACCAACCUGUCUUCAUCACUUGGCAGAAGGAUGGUCGGCCAAUCCCAGCCAGCCUGGGUGUCACCAUAGACAACAUAGACUUUACCAGCUCCCUGCGUAUCUCCAACCUCACACUGAUGCACAAUGGCAACUACACUUGCAUUGCACGCAACCAGGCUGCUGCUGUAGAGCACCAGAGCCAGCUCAUAGUACGAGUUCCUCCCAAAUUUGUGGUGCAACCUAAGGACCAGGAUGGCAUCUAUGGAAAGGCAGUGAUACUAAACUGCUCAGCUGAAGGCUAUCCUGUUCCUACCAUCCAGUGGGAAUACUCUAAAGGCGCCGGGGUCCCUCAGUUCAAGCCCAUCGCCCUCAACUCAGGCUUUCGGAUCGAGGUGCUGGUCAACGGCUCUCUGUUCAUCAAGCAUGUGCUGGAAGAAGACAGCGGCUUCUACCUGUGUAGAGUCAGCAAUGACGUUGGAGCUGAUGUCAGCAAGUCCAUGUAUCUCAAUGUCAAAAUCCCUGCCAUGAUCACAUCCUACCCAAACACUACGCUGGCAACACAGGGGGAAGAGAAGAAGAUGAGCUGCACGGCCCACGGUGAAAAACCCAUCAUGGUACGCUGGGAGAAGGAGGAACGCAUCAUCAACCCUGAGACCAGCCGCUACGUGGUUUCUGUCAAGGAGGUGGGCGAUGAAGUCAUCUCCACCCUGCAGAUCAUGCCCACAGUGAGGGAGGACUCUGGCUUCUUCUCUUGUCAUGCCAUCAACUCCUUUGGUGAAGACAGAGGGAUUAUACAGCUCACAGUGCAAGAGCCCCCAGACCCCCCAGAGGUGGAGAUCCGAGAAGUUAAGGACAGGACCAUUGCACUGCGUUGGACUAUGGGUUUUGAUGGCAACAGCCCAAUCACAGGCUUUGAUAUUGAGAGCAAGAACAAAUCAGCCUCCUGGGAAACCGCUCAGAAGACCAAAGAUGUCUCCCCCCAGCUCAACCAGGCCACCAUCAUUGACCUGCACCCCUCCUCCACCUACAACAUCCGCAUGUUCGCUAAAAACCUGAUUGGCAAGAGUGAGGCCAGCAACGAGCUCACCAUCACCACUGAUGAAGCAGCUCCUGAUGGACCACCUCAGGAUGUGCAGCUUGAGGCCCUCUCCUCUCAGAGCAUCCGGGUCACUUGGCGGGCACCCAAGAAGCACCUCCAGAAUGGAGCCAUCAGAGGCUACCAGGUGGGCUACAGGGAGUACAGCUCUGGGGGAAAUUACCAGUUCAGUGUGAUUAGCGUGGAGACCACAGGGGACAAUGCAGAAAGCCUGGUGCUGGACAACCUGAAAAAGUUCACCCAGUAUGGAGUCGUGGUGCAAGCCAGCAACAGCGCUGGGACAGGGCCCUCUUCCACAGAGGUGGCUGCUACCACACUGGAGGACGUGCCCAGUCGUCCUCCAGAGAAUGUCCAGGCCACAGCUACGUCUCCGGAGGUCAUCUCUCUGUCCUGGCUGACCCCUCCCAAAGAUGCUCUGAACGGCAACCUGCUGGGCUUCAGGGUCAUUUACUGGGCCAACCUGCCAGAUGGAGAGCUGGGAGAGAUCAGGAAUGUGACCACCUCUAAACCCUCUCUGGAGCUGGAUGGACUUGAGAAGUACACCAACUACAGCAUCCAGGUGCUUGCCUUCACCAGAGCUGGAGAUGGUGUUCGCAGUGAACAGAUCUACACCCGCACCAAGGAGGAUGUCCCUGGGCCUCCAGCAGGUGUGAAGGCAGCAGCCGCAUCCAACUCAGUGGUAUUUGUGUCCUGGCUUCCUCCUCUCAAAGUCAACGGCAUCAUCAGGAAAUACACUGUUUUCUGCUCCAACCCACACCCCACAGUGAGCAGUGAGUUUGAGGCGGCCCCAGAUGUCUUCUUCUACCGUAUCCCCAACCUGAGCAGGAACCGUCAGUACAGUAUCUGGGUGGUGGCAGUCACCGCUGCUGGCCCGGGGAACAGCAGUGAAAUCAUCACUGUCAAACCCAUGGCUGAGGCUCCAGCUCGGAUCUUGACCUUCAACAGGACAGUAACGACCCCCUGGAUGAGGGACAUUGUGCUGCCGUGUAAAGCAGUGGGUGAUCCAUCUCCAACCAUCAAGUGGCUGAAGGAGAUCAAUGGAACCCCAGCACCUGUUGUGAUUGACAGUCGGCGCAGCGUCCACGGUAACGGCAGCCUUGUUAUUCGCACGGUGAAAGCAGAGGAUUCUGGGAACUACACUUGUGUGACCAGCAACAGUUUUGGGUCAGACAAAAUUGUCCUCAACCUACAGGUUCAAGUUCCACCUGACCAGCCUCGCCUCACAGUGACCAAGACAACCACCACCUCAAUAACCCUCUCCUGGAUCCCUGGAGACAACGGAGGCAGCUCCAUAAGAGGUUACAUUCUGCAGUACUCAGAGGAUAACAGUGAGCAGUGGGGCAACUUUGCCAUCAGUCCCAGUGAGCGCUCCUAUCGGCUGGAGAACCUCAAGUGUGGCACCUGGUACAAGUUCACACUUACAGCUCAGAAUGCAGUGGGGCCAGGACGCAUCAGUGAAAUUAUUGAAGCAAAGACUCAUGGGAAAGAACCUCAGUACUCUAAAGACCAGGAGCUCUUUACAAGCAUCAACGCCACUCGUGUCAAGCUCAACCUAAAUGGCUGGAAUAAUGGUGGAUGCCCCAUCACCUCCUUCACCCUCGAGUACCGGCCUGUAGACUCACCCACAUGGACCACGGCACAGCGCACCUCCCUCACCAAGAGCUACAUCCUGUACGACCUGCAGGAGGCCACCUGGUAUGAGCUGCAGAUGAAAGUCUACAACAGCGCCGGCUACGCUGAGAAGAGAGUCAAGUUUGCAACACUCAGCUAUGAUGGCAGUACCAUAGCACCUUUGGUGAAGGCACCCAAUGUGAGUGAGGACAACUCUGGGGGCGGUGAAGGUUUGAAGAUGAUGGUGACCAUUUCCUGUGUGUUGGUGGGCAUCGUUGUCAUCUUCAUCGGGCUGCUGGUGCUGAGGAGGAGGAGGAGGGAGCAAAGGCUCAAGAGGCUCCGAGAUGCAAAAAGUUUAGCUGAGAUGCUCAUGAGUAAAAACACUCGUCCAGCAGAGCCAAUUAAUAAACAGCAACAGACACUCCGCAUGCACAUUGACAUCCCCAGAGCCCAGCUACUGAUUGAGGAGAGAGACACCAUGGAAACUGUUGAUGACAGGUCCACUGUGUUACUGACUGAUAACGACUUCGGGGAGACCCAGAAACAGAAGUCAUCCACAGUCACCCACACAGUCCACUACCAGUCCCUGUCCCAGGCCACCGGUCCACUGGUAGAUGUGUCCGACGCCAGACCAGGAACCAAUCCUACUGCCCGCCGCACAGCCAAAGCAGGCCCAGCUGCUCGCAACCGCUACGCCAGCCAGUGGACCCUGAACCGCCCACACCCCCCUGUCUCCUCCCACACUCUCAGCACUGACUGGAGGCUGCCCACCCCCAGAGUGGCAGGCUCUGUUGACAAGGAAAGUGACAGCUACAGCGUCAGCCCAUCUCAGGACACAGACCGAGCACGGAGCAGUAUGGUGUCAACAGAGAGCGCGUCCUCGACGUACGAGGAGCUCGCGAGAGCCUAUGAGCACGCCAAGAUGGAGGAGCAGCUGCGCCAUGCCAAAUUCACCAUUACCGAAUGCUUUAUUUCUGACACAUCUUCAGAGCAGAUGACAGCAGGCACCAACGACUACACAGACAGCCUGACCUCCAGCACACCGUCUGAGUCAGGCAUCUGCCGCUUCACUGCGUCCCCACCCAAGCCUCAGGACGUCAGCCGGGUCAUGAACAUGGCCGUGCCCAAGGCCCACAGACCGGGUGGCGAGUUGGUUCACCUUCCUCCGUACCUGCGCAUGGACUUCCUGUUAAACCGAGGCAUGUCCUGCUCGGGGUCAUCUAGGGGGACAGCUAGUGGGGAAAGAGCGGCCAUGGGUCAGGCCUGUCUGGAGCCCCAGAAAAGUCGCUCACUGAAGCGGCCCUCUCGCAUGGCUCCCCCAACACCCACAGAGGCCCCUCAGGCCAGCAGGGACCCAGUGGCCCAGUGGCAGCCUGGCUCUGCGGCCACGCUCCCCCACAGAGAGGGCUCCGAGCUGGCUCAGGCCGCCAAGCUCAGCACCUCCCAGGAGUCCCUGCUGGACUCACGAGGACAUCUCAAACAGAGCAGCAACCCCUACGCAAAGUCCUACACACUGGUAUAACAGCAGGGGCCACUCGGGGGACUAGAACUCACUCUAACACUGGACUUAACACUCAAGUGCAGUAAACUGACUUUCACCAUGCAGUUCUGUAUAUAUGCCCCCCCCCUC